GAAAAGCAAAAGAAUACAGUGGAACCUGGGCACAGUUCCAAGCUUGUACACUCUCCUUUGGGAAUCCAGGUUGCUGAGUUGCUGAGAAGAGGGAGUUGAUGCUGGGCCUAGCUUCACUAAGAGCUGAAGAGCUGAGGAUACCUCUGUGACAUGUCCCCAGUAGAAUGAUGUCCCACCCCCCACCUCCAACCAUCUAGAAAAAGGAAGCAGAAAAGAGAAAUUGCAACAGGCAGUGUACUUCCUCCUCUCACUCUUGGGACAUGGCUGACUAGCAGAAAGCAGCUCUGUGACAGAAGAGAGCCCCAGAGGAGGAACGCUCUGCCACAGUCUAAUCAAAGCAUCAAGGAUUUAGCUUUGGCCACCAUGGGUUCCAUGAAUUCCAGAGGUCACAAGACAGAAGCUCAGGUGGUGAUUAUGGGAUUGGACUCAGCAGGCAAGACCACACUUCUGUACAGACUGAAGGGCUACCAGCUGGUGGAGACAGUACCCACUGUUGGUUUCAAUGUGGAACCUCUCGAAGCUCUUGGGCACAUCCCACUGGUUCUCUGGGACAUCGGGGGGCAGACCCAGCUCAGGGCCAGCUGGAAGGACUACCUGGAAGGCACUGAUGUCCUUGUAUAUGUGCUGGACAGCACAGAUGAAGCCCGAUUGCCCGAGGCAGUGGCUGAGCUCAUGAAAGUCCUGAGCAACCCCAACAUGGUCGGUGUCCCUUUUUUGUUGCUGGCCAACAAGCAGGAGGCGCCUGAUGCUCUUCCACUGCUUGAGAUUAGAAAUAGGCUCGGACUGGAGAGAUUCCAGGGCCACUGCUGGGAGAUCCAGGCCUGCAGUGCCCUCACUGGCCAGGGGCUGCCAGAGGCCCUGAAAAGCCUGCGGAGCCUACGGAAAUCCCACAGCCAUGGGUGUGUCUCCAUGUGAGAGCUCACAAGGCAUGAAGAGCAAGAAAUCAUGACUGGGAUGGAGCAGCUUAUCUCUGCCCAUAUGAACCAAAUGGACCAGCUAAUCCUUGAGAAAUUCAGCUCAGGUUUACAAACAAAAAAAUAUUUCUAUUCUUGGACGGGAUAUUUUCUUCGUGGGACUUAUUCUUAGUGGUGUUUAUGUUGAAAAUCAAGUAGUCUUUGAACAACGAGACUCUAAGGGGAAGAAAACUUAACACAGUUCAUUUAAUAGUUCAUUACCAAGUGUGAAUGAAGACGAGGUUACAUAUGUAAUAAAUUGAAGCCUAAGAUCAUAAAGGCAAAUAGGUUUCAAAA